UUCCGCGCGCCCGCCCCAUUACCCACAGUGCUUAAGCGGCUUCUUUCUUGUGUUUGGAAGUAGCGGAUAACGAUGUCUGUACUGGAGGGUCCGCUUAACGUCCUCGGUCAGAGGACGACCGGGGAGUCGGUUCGCACUCAGAACGUCAUGGCGGCAUCCUCCAUCGCCAACAUCGUCAAAAGUUCCCUCGGUCCAGUCGGCCUGGAUAAAAUGUUGGUGGAUGACAUAGGAGAUGUGACCAUCACCAACGACGGUGCCACCAUCCUGAAGCUGCUUGAGGUUGAGCACCCAGCCGCAAAGGUUCUGUGUGAGCUGGCAGAUCUCCAAGACAAGGAGGUCGGCGACGGGACCACUUCAGUGGUGAUCAUUGCAGCUGAGCUGUUAAAGAGUGCCGACGAGCUGGUGAAACAGAAGAUCCACCCCACGUCUAUCAUCAGCGGAUAUCGCCUGGCUUGCAAGGAGGCUGUGCGCUACAUCAAUGAGAAUCUCACCAUUGGCACGGAGGACCUCGGCAGGGAGUGCCUCAUUAAUGCUGCGAAAACCUCCAUGUCGUCCAAAAUCAUUGGCGUUGACGCAGACUUCUUCGCGAACAUGGUGGUAGACGCGGCAAUGGCGGUGAAGUUUGUGGACAGCAAGGGCGCUGCCCGCUAUCCCAUCAACUCCGUGAACGUGUUGAAGGCCCACGGCCGGAGCCAAAAGGAGAGCUUCCUGGUCAAUGGCUACGCCCUCAACUGUACCGUGGGCUCGCAAGGUAUGGUGAAGCGUGUGACCAGCGCCAAGGUGGCCUGUCUGGACUUCAGCCUGCAGAAGACGAAGAUGAAACUGGGCGUCCAAGUCGUCAUCAGUGACCCGGAGAAACUCGAUCAGAUCCGGCAGAGGGAGUCGGAUAUCACAAAGGAGCGUAUCCAGAAGAUUCUGGCUGCGGGGGCUAAUGUCAUCCUGACCACUCAAGGCAUUGAUGACAUGUGUCUUAAGUACUUUGUGGACGCUGGCGCCAUGGCAGUGCGCAGAGUCCUGAAGAGAGAUUUGAAGCGCAUCGCCAAGGCAACAGGAGCUACUGUCUGCUCAUCCCUAUCUAACUUGGAGGGGGAGGAGACAUUUGAGGCGUCUCUUCUUGGCCAGGCAGAGGAGGUGGUCCAGGAAAGAGUGUGUGACGAUGAGCUCAUUCUCAUCAAAAAUACCAAGGCACGUACUUCAGCCUCGAUCAUCCUACGUGGAGCCAACGACUUCAUGUGCGACGAGAUGGAGCGUUCGCUACACGACGCGCUCUGCGUGGUCAAACGUGUGCUGGAGUCCAAGUCUGUGGUGCCAGGAGGAGGUGCUGUAGAGGCAGCCCUGUCCAUCUACCUGGAAAACUACGCGACAAGCAUGGGCUCACGGGAGCAGCUGGCCAUUGCCGAGUUCGCCCGUUCCCUGCUGGUGAUCCCAAAGACCCUAGCGGUGAAUGCGGCGCAGGAUUCCACCGAUUUGGUCGCCAAGCUGAGAGCUUUCCACAAUGAGGCUCAAGUCAACCCCGAGCGCAAGAACCUCAAAUGGAUUGGUCUCGACCUGGUCAACGGCAAGCCCAGAGAUAAUAAGCAGGCGGGCGUCUAUGAGCCAACCAUGGUCAAGACCAAGAGCCUCAAGUUUGCCACUGAGGCAGCUAUCACCAUUCUCCGUAUUGAUGACCUCAUCAAGCUGUUCCCAGAGCAGAAGGAAGGUGGGCCAUCCUACCAGGAUGCUGUGCAGUCCGGGGCCCUGGAGGACUAGAGGCUGGUCACUGACGGCACUUUGGAGGUUUCUGUUCCCUAUUUAUGCAUAGCUUCCUAUUCUGUGUCAUAUAGUAUGUAGGCCUUGCACUUGCCUUCCCAAGCCACUUGCAAACAUGGGUUUACUGUGUUGGACACUUAAUAAAUAGGUCUCAAUGGCCUGUGUUUCCUGUUUA